AUGGUGAGCAACAUGGCUCGCCUCUCCCUCUCCCUUUUUCACAUGAGAAGCAAGGGCCAUGUCACACUCAAAAAACAAAAACGACCACCUACAAACGAAGAUGAACGAGCACCAGCCAAACCUGACCACCAUCAUCCACCAUGGCUUAUGAGCGACGGUCAACCACCCACGAACGGACAAAGGCGACAAGGAGCCCAGGUGCCACGUCACCGACAGCGACGUGGCAACCAAACGACAAACGUCAUUUGUUGUUGUUUACUCUAG